AUGGUCUGUCACUCUUUUAUGCCAAUCGUGCUUCUUGCCAUAAUCAUUUUCCUGCAGCGGGCCCAGUCUAGCCCCCUUGUGUUCCAGAAACGCGGCAUCUGCGCCACUGAGGAUCCAGAUGCAUCUUUCCUGCACGCCCUCCAAAAAGUCAAGAUUGAUGAGGUUCAUCCAGGCCCCACAGCGUCACAGGCUCGACAGGCCCCAAUAGAAAUCGAGACCUGGUUUCAUAUCGUUAGCAGCCAUGCUGAAGUAGACCAGGUUACAGAUUAUAUGAUUAACUCCCAGCUUUCCAUUCUUCGCGACGCAUAUGAAGAUGCUGCCAUCCAAUAUCGCUUAGCGGGUGUCACUCGUCAUGUAAAUGAUCUCUGGGCACAGGAUGGCGAUGACUUGGCCAUGAAGCAGUCCAUCCGGAAAGGCAGUUACCGAACCCUGAAUGUUUAUUUCCAAACCGAUCUACAGGCAUCCCCUGGACAAGCUGGACGGACUGAGCCUCGUGCGGCCUCUCAGCUGAACGAUUUGUCUUCCAGUGUGCUGGGCUUUUGUACCUUGCCUGAUCCAAGUGUGAACGCUAGCAGUCCCCGGGCAGAUUAUGUCAAGGAUGGCUGCAAUAUCCUUGCUAAGACAAUGCCUGGUGGUUCUUUGGAUCUGUAUAACCGCGGAGGGACUGCGAUCCACGAAAUUGGACACUGGAAUGGUCUACUGCACACUUUCCAGGGAGAAUCCUGCUCUGCAAGCAAUCCCGGGGAUUAUAUUUCCGACACUCCACAGCAAUCAACCCCUACAGACGGAUGUCCUAGUCAGAAAGACUCAUGCCCCGAUUCUCCCGGGCUUGAUGCUGUCCACAACUUCAUGGACUACUCAUCCGAUGUUUGUUAUGACACUUUCAGCCCAGGCCAGAUGAACCGAAUGCGGAACAUGUGGGCCACCAUGCGUCAAGGCAAAUAG